AUGGGGGGGUUCCCACAGUACGCAGGGUAUCGUGGGCCCCCUGCCAUAUUGCAGGCUUGUACGCAGCACACUGCAGGUAUUUUCCAGUGCCUCGGCCCCCCGCCAGCCCCUGGCCCCCACCGGCACCGGCCUCCGGCUCCCUACCGGCCACCGGCUCCCUUGCCCCCCCCGGCUCCCCGGACCGUCGCUUGCUGUUACCCUUCGGCCUGCUGCCGUUGCCCUCCGGUCCGCCGCCCAAGCGGCCCCCGCUUUGCUAGAGUCCACUGCCUGCAGCUCAUGCCGGCGGUCUCCCUACGGCCGCCGCUUCCCAGCUCCGCCACUGCUGCACCUCCCGGCCCCCGCGCUCAGCCCAGGCCUGCUCCGCUCCCAGCCGCCGCUCCCCCUACCCCUGCCGGCUCCUCGGGCUGCCACCUGUCGUUGCCCUCCGGCCCGCCGCCCAAGUGGCCCUCGCUCCACCAGAGCCCGCCACCUACAGCUCCCGUCGACAGUCUCCCUGCGGCCGCCGCUUCCCGGCCCCGCCGCUGCUGCACCUCCCAGCCCUCGCACUCAGCCCCAGCCUGCUCCGCUCCCAGCCGCCACUCCGCUCGGCCCCCAGCCGUCGACCUCCACUCGGCCCUUAUGCCCGCCGAUCCGGCCCCUGCUUUGCCCGGCCCCCUAGCGCCGCCCACAACCUCCCUACGCUGCCCGACCACUUAG